GAUACAGGAAGCUUUGGAAAAAGCAUUACUUUUAUUGAGAAUACUUAGGACACUUAUUGUAAAUGGAUUUAAUAAGCUUUCAGAAUCUCAUGAUGCUAUGUCAUUUUUAGAAAUUGUUUUCGAACGUGCAAGGACCUGUCUUGAAUGUCGAAAGACGUUAAUUUCAAGAGGCAUACAGAUGGAUGUAUGCGAUAAAUUUAUUAUUCAUUUGACUAAAGUAUUAUUAGGAGCACUAGAAAUGCAUCCGUUUUGCUAUGUAGAACUAAUACCAACGUCUUUAGAAUUUUCUGUUUUUUACUGUUUUACCGAAGCUGGCCAAGCGUUAGCUUUUGAAAAAUUCGUUAUACAAUGUUUAAAUUUAAUGAAAGGCAUUUUAUCAUCUACAUAUUAUAAACCAGCAAAAAUGCUGGAAGAAACGAAAGACCCGUUGUUAGCAUUGAGAGCAAAUCAAUUGAGAAAAGAAUUUUUUACACCUGAAACAUUAACUGAAAUAUGUUCAAGACUUGUAACGCAUUAUUUUCUUUUAACACCUGCUGAAUUGGAGUUAUGGGACACAGAUCCAGAAAGUUUUGUUGUUGAUGGUGGUGGUGGUGAAUCAUGGAAAUGCAGUUUAAGGUCUUGUACGGAGUGUCUGUUUGCAGUAAUUCUUCAUCAUUUUGUAGAAGUUCUUGUACCAUUUUUAGUUGAAUUAAUGCAGAGACAUCAUCAACCAAUUGAUCCAAAUAAUUUGCAUUUGAUCUUAGUAAAAGAUGCAGUAUAUAAUGCAGUUGGCUUAGCUGCAUUUGAUUUGUAUGACGAGGUGAACUUUGAUCAAUGGUUUUCGACCACUUUAAAAGAAGAACUGAAAAUUCGAAGUAAUAAUUAUAGAAUUAUUAGAAGACGAGUAUGCUGGCUUAUUGGACGCUGGACGUCUGUUAAAUUAAGUGCAGAGCUGAGACCAGAAUUAUACAAACUCAUGGUUGAAGUUUUGAGCCCUGAAGAAGAUUUGGGUGUUCGAUUGGCAGCAAGUGAUGCUUUAAAACUCGCGAUAGAUGAUUUUCAAUUUAAUCCGGAAGAAUUCUCGCCAUAUUUAGAACCAGCAUUCUCUUUAUUAUUUUCUCUCUUAAAAGAAGUAAAAGAAUGUGAUACCAAGAUGUACGUGUUGUAUGUAUUAUCAUUUAUGAUUGAACGUACUGGCAGUGAAAUAAACCCUCAUGUUGGAGCUCUUAGUUCAUAUCUACCAGCACUUUGGCAAGAGUCUGAAGAACAUGAUAUGUUAAGAUGCGCCAUAAUUUCGACACUUGUACAUCUGGAAAAGGCUUUAGGUCCUGAAAGUGUCGUUAUAGAACCAUUAGUAGUAGGUGCUAUUGCAUUAAGUUGUGAUGUUAAUCAAAAUUAUCACGUAUAUUUGUUAGAAGAUGGUUUGCGAUUAUGGUUAGCUUUACUGGAGAAUGCACUUGCGCCAACCCCUGCUAUAAUGGAAUUGGCUAAAAAUUUGCCGGACGUAUUAGAAAAAUCAUUCGAACAUUUAAAAUUAUGUUUGUUUAUAGUUCAAGCAUAUAUAAUAUUAAGUCCCCAGGAAUUUUUAAGUCAAAGAGGAGCAAUUAUAAUUGAAACACUUAGGUCACUUUUGGGAGAUUUGAACUCUGAAGGAGCAGUAAUGACAAUGACAGUGUUUGAACUAUGUUUAUGCGCAUCACCUCGGCAAGGUGUAGAACUUAUUAAACCUGUUUUAAUAACUAUAUUUGAGAAUAUGUACAAGGAGGAAGAAGUUAUGAUGACAAUGACUAUGUAUUUAUCUAUUGUGGCAAGAAUUUUGUGGUUUUAUAAAGAUAUUUUUAUACAGGUACUAAGCGAAUUAACCAGAAAAAUAGGUGGAAACGAAGCUAGAGAAGAGGUUGUUUUGGGAGAAUUAAUACGUGUAUGGGUUAAUCGAAUGCCAUAUAUUUCUCAAUUAAAAAGACGUAAAUUAUUAGCUCUUGCACUUUGUUCAUUACUUGGAGCUGAUAGUCCUCCGAGUGUUCUUCAUUAUUUCCCACUAAUAAUAUCUAAUAUUGUUGGAACUCUCAAUGAUAUUACCAAAUUUGAUGAUAUAAGAUGCGAAAAUAUUGGAUAUGCUAUUGAAUCCUUGUCAAUUAGUGGACAGUCUAGUCCACCUCAGUACGAGGAUGAAGAGUAUGGAAACAAACAUGAACAGCGAAAAAAAAGACUUGAUUUCAAUGAUCCUUUGUGUGGUAUAUCUUUGAAAGAUACGUUACAAAAUCAGAUUGAUUGGAGACAACCAGUUUAACCAAUUGAUGUCAACCCUUUACCCAGACGUUGACAAAGAACUUAAACUUUAUAUAUCCUUAUGAAAAAGGAGCAAGUCUAAUUAAAAGAGAAAGAAAACAGGAUAUUAUAUUAAACGCGACACUACGUGUAAAGAAAGCUUUACAGCGCUCUAUUAUAAAACGGCACUAUUUUAUUGUAUUAUACUAGCUGUUUCACUGUACUAAUAAUGUUGAUAAUAAAAGACCUGUCAUUUCAAA